AUGAUCUCCAAAGGCGUCGCCGGGCGACUGGAGCUUCCAGAUUCUCCGAUAGAGGAUUUCUCGUUUUUCGAAAAGUGCGCUUCUGGUUGGUGUUGUUGAAAACUGGAUGCGAUGGCAGAAACUUGGAGAUUUUAAAAGAUCUGUGAGGACAAAAUUUCAAUCAAAAAUUGGAAAAAAACGGUGUUUUAAUUCAGGAAGUUUUUCCGAGAAAGCCCUUAUUGAGGAAAGUUAAUGAAGUGAAAAAGUUUGAACUGAGGAAUACAGAGACAGCGUGUUAAGUAAACUCCUAAUCGAGAAAACUUUCCAAAAAACUUCGAUUGAGAAAUAAAUCACACAAGGAAAUUCUACAGUACAAUUAAGAUUUUCGGUUAAAUGAAACUCAUGUUUCAAUCGACUCCGAGAUUUUUGGCAUCCCACGACCUGCAAUAACAAAAAAACCAAAAAUUUUAUAGACCUCGAGCAGUUUUUCGGCCUAAUUGAGGGACGACGAGCCAAGCGGAUUUGUCCCCAAACUUGGUUAUUGGAACUAGACCGUUUUACAACGGCGUGUCAUGAACAUCCGACGCUGUACUUUUUUUGCCAUUCUUUUUGGUUUACAUGUAUUCAGAGCAGCCGACGGGCUUGUUUCGUAUGACAACGAUUCUGGACGACGGGUAACGUUGAUCCUGGAUAACUUUAUUGAAAGAAUCUUAGUUUCUGAUUUGGGCUCUGUGCAUUGGAGCCACCAAUCCAGAUAAAUGUGUCGAAGUUGAAUUUUACGGACAAAAAAUUCUAGCAACGUGAGCGAUUUUCUAAUCCUGUUGUUCAAAUCUCAGUUAAGGUUUGAAGCCGACUGUUCAGAUUUGGUUUUCAAAGGUCUCUGCCGUGUUGUGGUUCGAAAAACAGACUUUUCAAAACUUCGAUUGAUUUCAGAUAGACGUGGACGAUGGAUACACUCUUCUCGGUGUAACGUUCAAGUCGGAAACCGGGAUCGAAGCUUUUUCUAAUGAUGCCCAAACCUUGCUGGAUCAAGUUUGUUUACGAAAAAUAAUGAAUAUGGGAAAAACUUUGAAGCCGUUGGUGGACUACGGUGGUUAUGGAAAAGUGAUGAAGGACUCAUUGACGGCUUUUGGACGUUUAUGGGAUGCUGGUUUGGGCAGCUUUUUAGAACAGCUGUGGUCGAACUACUGUGAUCUUUACAUUUCGGUAAAAUGUUUAUUUUUCCUAUUAAUAUGACCUUUUUGCAGCACAGUGGAUACUCUUUGGGUGGCUGUUUGUCUCAAAUGGCCGCAGUUCGAUUCCAAAAAGAGCAAUGGUGGCCCGCUGAUCAGAUGUUCUACUAUGGGUUUGGAGUCCCGAGAUGUGGAAAUGAAGUGAAUUCUUCAAAUUUUUUUUCCAUUUUCACUGCUUCCAAUCUAAGGAUUUCGCAUUUUACAUGGAUGAAAGUGUUGCCGAUGCUUAUCGGAUUAAUUGGAUCCAAGAUAACGUUCCGGUAAAACCAACGAAAAGAAAAAAUGAGAAAAACUUUUUCAGAGUUUUCCAACAACUUCAUGUUUAUCUGGCAGUAGUGCACAACUUGGAAGUUGUACUACGAGCUAUUUUCACUGUUGCGUGAGUUGUAUUUUUGUAGAUACACAAAAAAUUUUGACAUAUUGAAAAACGGGAUGCUGCUAAAUUCAGAAAACAGUACACUACUCAGUUUACACGAGCUCGCUGGUAAAUUCCUUCCAACAGUGCGAUAUUCCGGAAGACACCGUUUGUCAAGCAUUGAGUGAGCAAGACCGAAACAAAAAAGUCUGUCAAUUGUUUUUUUUAGCGCCGACGGCAUCUGACCACAGCAAAUACUUCCAGACUACUCCAGCGGACGUUGAUUCUCUGACCUGCACAGACACAAAAACUUUCCCCGACGCAUAA